GACGUACUCUAUGAACGUUUGAUGUCAAGUGUUGUCAAACAUUAUAAACAAAAUGUUUUUUGAAACACUUGUCUUGUUUUACGUCAGUUUUGCCGUUUAUUUAGUGCUUAGUGGCCACCGAUCGGGCCGUAGAGCGCCGGUAAAGAGUGAUCAGAAUAUUUUGGUUGUGACCGCACAUCCUGAUGACGAGUCUAUGUUUUUCGGGCCAACCAUUAUAGACAGCGUUGACCGCAAACAUCGGGUGUUUGUGUUGUGUUUGUCAAACGGCAACUUUUACGGAAUCGGUGGCCAACGGGUUCGGGAACUGCAAGAGUGCUGUCAAGUCUUAGGUGUCAACGAUGUCCAUGUGAUUGACGACAGUGCACUGCCAGACAAUAGCAGUGUCUGGUGGGACCAACUUGUCAUCAAACGCUAUGUCAAAGAGUUUGUCCAAAAGCAUAACAUCAAUAGUAUAGUGACUUUUGAUGAUUACGGUAUCAGUGGUCACGUUAACCAUCGGUCUAUAUAUACAGCACUUCGGGAUCUUAAAGAAGACAUGAAAGAUGUGUCGAUAUAUUGUUUGCAAUCGAUAUCUAUCUUCAGAAAGUACUUAUCACUGUUUGAACUGCCAAUCAGUAUUGCCAUCAAUGUUAUGACCAAAACAGCUGAUUAUGACAUAAAUAUUAUAUCUUUUAGUGACUAUUAUCUGUUGUUGUGUGCGCUUCACAAACACAAGAGUCAAAUGCUAUGGUUUAGACACUUGUAUUAUAUAUUUUCCAGAUAUAUGUUUAUCAAUCAAUUGAUCCCAAUUUGACUACAAAAGUGA